AUGUAUUCCUUGCAACACCCGCAAAUCGAUGAGCGCUUUUUAGAUUCGGAAUCAACAGUUGAAGAAGUGGUCAAGUUGCUUGAAAACCUUCAAGUGCCGAAGGAUGACGAGGACGACCAGCAAGAUAAAGUUGAAAAGGAUACUAAACCGUCGAUUGUAACAGAAGAAAACUUUAUAAUAACUGCCCGGACAAAUGCUACCCCUGUUAUUUCCGCAACUAAAGAUACUGCUUCCAGAGAUAAAUCAAAGCCUAGAACUUUCAGCCGUCUGGAUCGAAGUAAAGAUCGAUAUCCGUUUAUGCGUCAGGUCGAAAUGGAUCUCGAUCAACGCUCUAAAGCCCGGUUAGAAAGAGAACGAGUGGCUCAAAACUUUCGAAAAUUGGGCAACGCUGAGUAUCGCAAGGGUGACUAUGAGUCCGCAAUGCAGAUGUACACCGAAGCCAUUGAAAAUAUCCGGGACAGUCAUAUCCUCUACAUAAAUCGCGCUCUCUGCUUCAUAAAGUCGGGCAAAUUCAAACGAGGCAUAGUCGAUUGCGAUUUCGUUCUGAACAAGUUGGAUGAGAAGAAUCUGAGGGCGUGGAUGUAUCGCGCCAUGGCCUACAAAGGCCUCAACGAUGAGUCCAAUUUUGAGAACUGUGUAAAAUAUGCGCGCAAAUUCAAUUCGAAGCAGAUGGAGUUCAUUGAUGAUUUCCUGGAAAAACUAAAAUAA